AUGCUCCGGUUCGCUGGCCAUGCUGUGGGAAGCUUUGACAUUAAACUUGGAAAUCCGCCCCCUGGAAAGCAGAACGCUAUGGACCUUUUGAGUGAUGCCGGGAUGGCGCUUGCUUUGACAUCGGUAUUGGGUGCCGUGGAAGACAAGUGCUUGGCUGUGUUUGCAGUGGUAUGCUCCAGUUUCGUUAUUGUAAGCAGUGGCACUCAUGGCCGGGCACCAUUCCUACCACUGGGAAAUGUACAAUACGAGUGUGUGAGAAAUGGAAACAAACUCGCAUCGAGGAGUCUUGGCUGUUCAAUUUCAGGGCACAUGCAGGCUUUCAGAAAGUGUGAUGAUUCGAUCAGAGGUUUUUCUUGUUGCUUCGGUUUGAUUGAGUCUGCAGAUUUAAUUGAGGCCAUAUAUAUAUAG